CUUUAUGGCAACAGGAGAGAAGUAUUCGCUUAACAGCUCCACAUUUUGGUGACAUUUGCAAGAUGCGAAAAACAACAUCUUGUGUCAAUAAGGUGAAAAACUUACUUUAUGCCACCUUCAGAGAAAACGAAAACACCAAGUAUGGAAGAGAACAUGAGCCAUUCGCAAUUAGACAACUAGAGAAUGAUUUUGAUGUCAAAGUUGAACCUUGUGGAAUGUUCAUUGAUGAAUACGACUAUAUUUUUGGAGCCAGUCCUGAUGGGUUGAUAGGAGAUGACGCCAUUGUUGAGGUGAAGUGCCCCAAAACUGCGUCAAAAAUGCACCCCAAAGAAGCAAUCGAGCAAAAAAUAAUAAAUUUCUGUACUCUAGAUGAGAAUCUACACUUACAGCUGAAACAAAAUCAUAAUUAUUACUAUCAAGUACAAGGACAGCUACACAUUACUCAGCGUUCUCUGUGUUAUUUUGUAAUUUGGACUCCGUUGGGAAUUUUAGUUGAAAAGAUUAUCAAGGACGAUUCAUUCUGGACGAAUAAAAUGAAACCAAAGUUGGAAAAUUUCUACAACAGUUGCCUCCUGCCCAAAUUGAUAGAUCGUAGAUACCCGAGGAAAUUGGAAAUUCGCAAUCCACCACGCCA